AGUGGAUAAAUAAUUUACAAACUACUGAGAUUAAACCCCAGUUAAAGCUCGGCCAAGUAUAAUAUCUUACUGAACUGAUAUUUUCAAGUCUGAUCGAUCACCGUCCACACAUGAAAAUAGAAAAAUUGGAAUAGUAAUUUAAAUCACACACUAUCAAUCUUGAUAUGCUUUCCCCAUUUGAAAAUUUAAAGUCGGCCGAAUAUAAUCUGGGGAUAAAGACACCGAUUAAGGUCUGGAAGCUAACAUUAUAUAAUGCACUCAUUACUUAAGAAUAAGUUCAAAUCACCAAUACACACGUCUAUAGGAUAAUGAUCAUUAUUUAUUUAUGGGACUCCAGAUUCAUUUGCAACUUAGCACUUGGAGAUGAGAUCGAAAAAAGGAGAGAUCUCCACGAACAUAUUUUUAAUUGUGCCACUGGGAACUAUAACAAUGAAAGAGAAUUUGAGAAAAAGAGAUCCAAAUUCUAAAAAAAGAGAAAAGGGUGGAUUUUUUUUAGAUGUUUGCAAUGAAUUGUUUUUAGCAGUUGCGUAUUGUUGAAAAGUGGAGUUUGGAUAAAUAUGACGAAUGAACUAGAGAGAUACGAGAAGAUGUUAAAUCGAAUUCCCAAAGUUUUGUUUUUAAUUUUGAUGAAUAUGAAACUAUGUGUAAGCAUACCUGAAAAUGGACAAUGGGGAAGUUGGAAAGAUUCGGAAAGAUGGAAUUUAUGUCUAGGGUCAAGGUUCAAGUAUAACUGUACGAGAGGUGAACCUACAAAUUUAAUCAGAGAAGAAGAAUUGGUUUGUAGUCAAGGAAUAUUUUAUCAAACAAUCAAUGAAGUUUUGGAUGGAUGUUUCGAUUGGCAAAAUGAAGAAGGAUCAUCUACGAUAGAUCAAUACUACAAUGAUAACAGAUUUUUUCCAAGUGAUAAGAUCGAGCUUGCAAUAGAAGAAAUACAGUCAAAGGGUGAUUGGUCCACUGGUGACAGCGGUUGGUCGGAAUGUUUAUUGACUAGAAAAUUUCAACGAAAAAGGAUGAAUAUAUAUAACAGACGAGGGAGGCAAAAACGCGAGUUUCACUGCCCUACAGACAACAGUACAAUAUGGAAAGAAGAAGUACGACACUGUUGUGCGGGAUCAUGGACUGAAUGGAAAGUGCUGGAAGAAUGUCCUGAAUGUGGAUGGGGAAUAAGAAGAACAGUCAGAAUAUGUGCUGUUCCUAAUUUAGCUCUAAAAAUUGAAACAUUAGCAAGGAAACGCGAAUUUUUGAGUCAGUGGAAAAACACAGAAUGCAAAAGACAACAUUGUAAAAUGGUCGGAAAAAAUUUAGUGAAAUCGUGCGAUGAAGUAUGCGCUGGUAACGAUUGGUGGGAAGGUACAUUAUGUACUAGAUAUGGAAGACAAGCAUAUGCUGGAGAAUGCUGCAUUAGAAAUUAUAAAGGGUUGAGGCCGUCAUGUGGCAUGGAAGCACGUACUAUGACAGAUGAAGAAAAAUACAAGACAACUGCCAUGGUUGCAAUCAUACUGGGUGCAGAAGCAUUGUUGAUCGUAAUCACAGCCAUUAUCAUCGUAUUGUACAACAUAGGUAGAAUGCCUACAAUGCUAUCAAGCGCUUUGACAGCUUGUUCUUGUCAUUCUCCGAGAAGUAGCAUGAAAUACAGGCCAACCACACGAGAAACGAUGCAUAAACAACAAGAAAUACAAAUGGUUCCUUCGGCGAGAGCAACAAAAAAGAAACUCAGAGUGACUGCUAGAAAUGUACAAGAGUUGAAUCGAUUUUUAGAUGUAUCAAAAAAUAAUACGUCUACGUCUUCAGUAUAGCUUAUUUCAAAAUUGAGAAAAAUUUUUGAGAACUGACUGUGUUUGAAGACUUCUUCCCCAAAAGACUUUCCUUAUAAAUGUUUUUUUUUGAUGAGUGUGGUGGCCUAGUGAUUAAAGCAACGAACUUAACUAUAAUGGCAUUGCAAGUUAAAAUCUUGGGUUCAAAUCCCAAGCCCACCAAUUCACCCAGGGUGUAAUAAAUUGGGUAGGGGAUGUCACAUUGGGAAAAUUCAAAUCCCUCCACAUUGUAGUAAUUCCUCAUAUACCAGUAGACGCUUGUCCGAAGCCUCGUUUGGGGAGAAGAGUGCACAGAACUUUGUACGGAGAGAAAAAACGUCGAAUGAGAUAAUAUUAAUUGGGCCCAGAGCAAACCAAAUGUUAUGUGACACAUAAUUGAAAAUGAUCUUCACUUUUUUUGCUGAUUUUCAUUACAAGGCGAUUCUACUUUUUUCUCUCUGCAAAGGUUCUGUGCAAGCAUUUAAUGAUAAUACUGACAAAUUAUGAUGAAGUAUUGAUUUGAAAAAAAAGUUUCAUUGAUAACUAAAAAUUGCUGAAAAAGUAGAGAAAUAUGCACAUUUUUGAGCCCUAAAUAAUUGUAUGUCAACCUAUUAUUGAUUAAAAAUUUCUUUAAUAAAAAUUUGUCACUGCAUGUUUGUCAUAAUGGAGAGGCAGAAAACUAAAGCUUAUGGUGAUGUUGAGGCAAAUAUCACAUUGCUUUAAAAAGGUCGUCAAAAAUGUUUACAAGUAAGAUGUUCAAAAUGAAAUUUGCUUGAUUAGUUGAAUAGGCCUAGGUUGACCUGAACAUCAGAUUUCAAUAAUCAAUAGUAUAGAAUUUCGUUUUUCCAACAACAGAGCAAUGCUCAAAUAUAUGGACACAACGAAGUAGCACGUACCGGUGUAUACAAUCUGUCGCAGUAGACUACCGGUACGGACUGACCACCAGAUCGCUAACACGAAUGUAGAAACACUGGAAAAUUUAUUAUGCAGUAAUCUAUUUCUAACAUGUAUUUGUUAAUGGUUUUACCCAUUUUUAUAAUUUGUACAAAUAUUAUUUCCGAGUUUUUUGUAGGCUUGAGAGCAGAUUAGGGCAUUUACAUGUAAAAUGCGUCUCUACUUUUAGAAUUUUCUACCUACGAAGGCACUCGCGGAAUGAAUUAAUUCCGUAGAUAGAGUUUCUACUGUAUUUGUGGAGCUGACAGUUACAAAAUAAUUUGUC